CUUCUGGCCUUCUUCUGGGUCCUGUUCUCUUGUUUCCUUCUUUAAUGAGUUGUUCAAUCGUUGUUUCUACUGUUUCUCCCCUUCCGUGUUUCCUUUUCUGGGAAUAAGGCCUCUCUAAAAACCAUGAACACGCCCUUUUCUUCUCCAGCUUCAGCUUGAGAAGAAAAGAGGGUUUAUUUUAUUUUUCUCUGCUCUUCUCCCAGAUUCUUCUGUUGGUUUACCAUGAGAAAACCAGGGGAGAGGUCUCCAGGCGCGGAAUCAUUGUUUUCAGGUUUCGUACUUGAUCCUGCAAAAUGUAGUCAGUUGAGCUUGGAAGAAAAAAGGGAAUUAGUUCAUGAAAUUUCCCAAUGGUCAAAUGAUGCCCCAGAGAUCCUUCGAUCUUGGAGUCGCAGAGAGCUUCUCGAAAUCAUCUGUGCCGAAAUGGGUAAAGAAAGGAAAUACACUGGCUUUACAAAAUUUAAAAUGAUAGAGCAUCUCCUCACGUUAGUGGCAAAGAGAGCAGGGAAAAACAUUACUAAUGAUUCAUUAUCACUUUCACCAUCCAAGAGUCAAACUGGUGGUAAAAGGCAAAGGAAGAAAGAGCACCCACUCCGGUUAUCCACUAACACAGAGCAUCUUUUACAAGUGAACAUUAAAGAGGAGCAAUUUAACACUGUACUAUGUCAAAAUCUUGCCUGUAGAGCUAAUUUGAGCCAACAGGAUACAUUUUGCAAGAGAUGUUCAUGUUGCAUCUGUCAUAAUUAUGAUGAAAAUAAGGAUCCUAGUCUCUGGUUAACCUGCAGUUCUGAUCCUCCUAAUCAGGAUGAUUCAUGUGGGGUGUCAUGCCACUUAGAAUGUGCUCUUAGGCAUGAAAGGGCUGGUAUCUUGAAGAAUGGAUGCCAUACAAAGUUGGAUGGAAGUUUCUAUUGUGCAUUCUGUGGAAAAGUUAAUGAACUAAUGGGAACCUGGAGAAAACAAUUAUUAAUUGCCAAGGAUGCCAGGAGAGUGGAUGUACUUUGUUAUCGGAUAUCACUAAGCCAUAAGAUUCUUAAAGGAACAGAGCAAUAUAAAGAACUUCAGAGGAUAGUUGAUGCUGCAGUGAAAAAACUCAAGAAAGAGGUUGGACCUCUAGAUCGAGUAUCUGUGAAGUUAGGACGAGGCAUUGUUAACAGACUUUCUUGUGGUGCUGAAGUUCAAAAGUUAUGUGCUUCAGCAGUAGAAGCCAUUGAUUCCAUGUUUUCAGGCCCGAGUCCUGAUUAUACUGCUCUUAAAGGACAACUAACUUGUCAGAUCCGAUUUGAAGAACCAUCAGCAACCACCAUUGUCAUUGUUUUGGAAUAUGAAGAUAAGCUGUUGGAGGACUUCCUAGGUUGCAGACUUUGGCAUCGUAGGUCCAAUGUGAUCGACUAUCCAGAGAAGCCUACUUGCAUUGUCCUGAGGCCAGAGAAGAGAUUCGUCAUUUCAGAUCUUGAUCCUUCAACAGAGUACUUCUGUAAGGUUUCUCUGUUCAGCAGCACAAAGGAAUUGGGUGCAUGGGAAGCUAAAUGGAUCACAGAAGCACCAAGCAGAAGUUCUGUUUCAGCUGUGGAUGAAGAGCAGGGGAAGGAAAAUCAAGCUCUGAUGGUUCAAGCAAAUUCACAGAGGGAUUCAACCAAUUCAAAUGACCACCACUCAAAGCUUCGAUCAUUGGAGGACAUCAGUAAGCUUGAUGAGUGCCUUCUGCCCCCUCCUCCAGUGGAGGUUGCAUGUUAUGUUGGUGCUCCAUCUGUUCCUCCCACACCAAGCAAAUCUGAUGGCAUCCAUGAAGUUCUGGGUUCUGUUUCUAAGAAGCAGUGGACUGAAAGGAACUAUGAAUAUUGUGUGCGAGUGAUCAGAUGGUUAGAACGUGAAGGGCACAUAGAGAAGGAUUUCAGGGUGAAGUUCCUAACAUGGUUCAGCCUGAAAGCAACAAUGCAAGAGAAGAGAGUGGUCAGUGCUUUUGUGGACACUCUCAUUGAUGAUCCCCCAAGCCUGGCUGGUCAGCUUAUCGAUACAUUCAUGGGGGAAAUCUGCAAUGAUCAGAAACCUAUCUACAGAAACGGUUUCUGUACUAGAUUGUGGCAUUGAAUGUUGAACAGUUGGUUUAUUCUGUCAACAGUAAGAGGAUGGUAGGAAGUGGUUGUCCUGUUAAAAUCCUGUGGGAGAACAAAGUAGUUUUUCUUUCACAUUGGAAUUCUGCAUUUUUUUUUUCCACCAUUAAAGUAGAUAAUCUCUUGGAAAUGGGUUGGGCAGACUCGACAGACCCAAACCAAAUCGACCCAAUUAUUUUGGGUCUGGUUCUACAUUAUGUGUUAUGAUUAUAACUUAACAUAUUACAAAGAUAGUCCGACUCUAAUA